AUGGCGGACUCCCAGCUGUUCUGCGUGGCCGAGGAGCGCAGCGGCCACUGCGCGCUGGUGGACGGAAACUUCCUCUACGUGUGGGGGGGCUAUGUGUCUAUUGAAGACAAUGAAGUAUAUUUGCCUAAUGAUGAAAUUUGGACCUAUGACAUUGAUAGUGGGUUGUGGACAAUGCACCUAAUGGAAGGAGAACUCCCUACCUCUAUGUCAGGAAGUUGUGGUGCUUACAUUAAUGGGAAGCUGUACGUUUUUGGAGGAUAUGAUGACAAAGGAUACAGCAAUCGACUUUAUUUUGUUAAUUUGCAAACAAGAGAUGGAACAUAUGUUUGGGAAAAAAUCACCAAAUUUGAAGGACAGCCACCUACGCCACGUGAUAAACUUUCUUGCUGGGUAUAUAAGGACAGGUUAAUAUAUUUUGGUGGUUAUGGGUGUAGGAGACAAAAUGAACUCCAAGAUUGUUUUGAUGUUCAUGAUGCAUCUUGGGAAGAGCAGAUAUUUUGGGGAUGGCAUAAUGAUGUUCAUGUAUUUGACACGAAGAAGCAAACAUGGUUUCAACCAGAAAUCAAAGGUGGCGUUCCACCUCAGCCCCGAGCCGCGCAUACAUGUGCAGUUCUUGGAAAUAAGGGCUAUGUCUUUGGCGGACGUGUUUUGCAAAGUAGGAUGAAUGAUUUGCACUAUCUAAACCUAGAUACCUGGACUUGGUCUGGAAGAACAGUACAAUAUUCACAGUCUUCAGAGGUUUAUCUUGCAUCUGGAAUGACUUGCACGCUUUUAGAGAAAAUAGCAUUUUCAGAAAAAGGUGAUGGUUGGAUUCAUAAUGUCAUAACAAAUUGUUGGAAACAACUUACACAUUUACCUAAAACAAGACCCAGGCUAUGGCAUACAGCCUGUUUGGGGAAAGAAAAUGAAGUAAUGGUAUUUGGUGGGAGCAAAGAUGAUUUACUUUCCUUGGAUAUAGGUCACUAUAAUGAUUUAUUGAUCUUUCAAACACAGCCUUAUUCGCUACUCAGGUCCUGCCUUGACUGCAUUGGUAAAAAUAUUAUCACUUUAGAAAGUCAGAUAUCUUUACUACCUCCUAAACUCCUACAGCAAGUAUUCAAAAAGAUAACAUUUUGGACUGCAGCUAAUCAUCGAGAAGAGCAAAGAGCCCAAACAGAAGAAACAGAAUAUAAAUAUCAAUGGAUUAGUAACAAUUAAGUUCUCAUAUAUCCUACAUAUUUAAAAUGCUUAAACAUUGUAAUCAGACUAAGUUUUACACACUCCCCUGCCUCUCUCCUCUUUUUGGAGGCUUUAUUUGUAAGAUAAAGUUAGAAACAAAGUGCUUUUUUAGAGUGAUUAUAUGGUAUUGGAUAUAAGAAAAUUUGAAGUGAAGAAUGGUACGUUAAUUGAAAUAUAUUUGCAAAUCAAUUUCCUUAUAAGUUACAAAGCACAUACAGUUUCUGAAAGUAAAUAUAGUUGUAGGAUAUUUUAACUCAAUAUGUACUCGACUAGAAAGAGAAUUCAAAUUUGAGGAGAAUGAGAAGUUGUCCCAAGCACUUCAGAAAACCCCUACACAAUGACAGAUAUGUGUAAACACUACAUACCAACUCUCAGAACAAGCUUUCUCAUGUCACUUUACAGUUACCUAAGCAACUCCUUAAAUAACUCAGUGGGUAGUACAGCUGGCCAAAAAUGAUAAAAUAGGCAAACACUGGUAUGGUAUUAAACAUUUAACUCUUGAGCAACAUUUAAAAUUUUAUUCAACCUAGUUUUAAAAAGGGAAUAAAUGUCUUCCACUUUCACCCCUAAAUAUACAUCCUUUGUCCAAACACACACACACACACACACACCAUGAUUUAAAGUAACUUAAGCAGAGGUUAUUUAUAAUACAAGUUUUGAAAUAUUGAGACAUAGUUUGUUAAUUCUUUUUUUGUUUUGUUGUUAAUUCUUGAGACAUGCUAAAAUACAUUUUGCCUUGUAAGAAGAGUGCUUCUAGAGUAAUUUUUAUGGGAUGGUAACCUAGUAAUUUGACUUCAUAGAAACCCCCUAAAUUGACCCACUCCAUUCUAUAGAGGUGGUGCUCAAGAUACCAGGAUGUUAAGAUCUGGUUUAUUCUCUUUUAAUUUCAGUAUUACCACCUAUUAGAAAAUGGAACACUAUACUUAUCUCUCUAUUCUUCAAAGUGGUUAUUUUUUAUAUAAUUAAGAUUUCUCUUCUUUGUUUUAUCACUUUACCACUGAAUUAUUAAAAACUCCUGCAUAUGAACUUAUAAUUUCUCUAUAAUUUCACAAUUCAAGGUAUUGCUGAAACAAAAUGUUAAGAGAAAAUAUAUUUCUACAUUGAAGUAUAUAUAAUUUAUAAUGAAGAUUACAGUAAUUUGUAGUAUCUUUAAUCAUUAAAUUUGAGAGUUAUAUUUUAUAUAUGCAUAUGCACUGUAUUUUGGAUGUGUAAAGCUUCUAAGGUAUUGAAAUAUUGUGCUUAUAUUUUAUU